AUGGCCAAGUUAGAGCCCAUGAAGAAUGGCUACUACCUCUGGCAUUAUGUCCCUUCCAUAGCGGCCGCUGUGAUUUUCGUCAUACUUUUUUUUGUGGUGACAGUAUUCCACUUCUGGAAGCUGUUCAAAAGCAAAGCCCGCUUUACACUACCCUUUGCCAUUGGCGGACUAUUCGAGAUCAUCGGUUUUUCUGCCAGAAUAGCCGCUCAUAACCAUACCGGUGCCCUAAUACCCUAUGUCAUUCAAAGCAUCUUUGUCCUCCUUGCUCCGAUUCUGUUUGCCGCCGCCGUCUACAUGGUCCUUGCACGCAUCAUCUGCAGUGUUAGCGCGGAGCAAUUGUCGCCCAUUCGCAUCAGAUGGAUCACCAAGAUAUUCGUCGGCUGUGAUAUCAUUACCUUCCUCAUCCAGGGGAGUGGCGCAGGCAUGACGGCCGAAAGCACCAUGUCUCAGAUGGGGCAGUACAUUGUACUUGCAGGUCUGGCACUGCAAAUACUCUCAUUCGUCUUGUUUUUGAUGACGGCGAUUAUAUUCGCUAAUCGCAUCAAGUUGAAUCCAACUUCAGCAACUACGCAAGGCGAAUCCCCUUGGAAGAAGCAUUUGUACAGUUUGUACGCCAUCAGCGCUAUGAUCCUGCUUCGCUCAAUUUUCCGUGUCAUUGAGUAUGGAUUGGGCAAUGAUGGAUAUUUGCUAGCAAGUGAAUGGCCUACAUAUGUUCUGGACGCAACUCCAAUGUUUAUUGCCAUGGUUUGCUUUGCGAUCUGGUAUCCAAGCGAGCUACAACAAUUCUUGGUCAGACGUGACUCAGAAAAUCCUCUGCAUUCGACUUCAUUGAAAUCUUGA